CUACAACUCCACUCACACACACACAUAUACACACACUCUACUGUACGUAUAAUCUCUCUCUCUCUCUCUCUACAUUUCUGCGUUUCUGGAGUGAGAAGAGUGUGAGGGGGAAGGAGGGGUCCAUUUUUCUUUUGUUAUGAGAGCAUGAAAUUAACUCUCUAGGAGUUGAAUUUUGUCUCUACUACUAUGGGGAAGUCUGCCGGAAAGUGGAUCAAGACUGUUCUUUUCGGAAAGAAGUAUUCGAAAUCUAAUUUUUCCAAAAAUGUCACACCUGAUAAAAGGACCGGACAAAAGACACCUGCAGAGGAUCUACCCGGAAAUUCACCAGUGAUAUCAGAUCCUCAUCCUCGGCAGAUAACCGAGAGAGACAUGGAGAAUUUGGAGCUCGAAAAAGCCACAUCUGGAUCUCCGUGCGAUGCUAUUGCUCUAUCUCCAGUGAAUCUACAAAACAGUAACUCUGCAGUUGCAGUCAGUGAUGCUGAAAUGACAAAGCAAGAGGAAGCUGCAACUAAAGCACAAGCCGCCUUUAGGGGCUACUUGGCCCGUCGAGCUUUUAGGGCUCUCAAGGGUAUCAUAAGGCUACAAGCUCUUAUUCGUGGACACCUUGUUAGGAGACAGGCUGUCGCUACUUUACGUUGCAUGCAUGCGAUUGUUAAGUUCCAAGCACUUGCUCGUGGAAGAAAGGUUCGACUCUCAGAUGCUACGCCCGAAACUCAGAAUAAGUACAAUGUGGUAGCACUUCAGGUUGCUAAAAAGUUGAAUGUUGGAGCAAACUUAAUUUUCGGGUCGGAAAAGCUUACAACAAACACCUUUGUCCGCAAGCUUCUCGUGAUAUUGCCAACUGCAAUGCCCCUGAGUCUUCAAUAUGAUCCGGCCGAACCGAAUUCAGCUUGGAACUGGCUCGAGCGUUGGUCUAUAUCUCGCUUCUGGGACCCUCCUGUACGAACCAAAAAGAUUACCAAGCCCAAGACUCAGAGAAAGCAGGGUGGUGGCCCACAAGCUGUUGAUACCGAAGCUGGAAAAUCCAAAAGAACCUUCCGGAAGGUUUCAACUGGGGAAAAUGGUGCUUUAGCUUCUUCCGAAACGGAUAAGCCCAAACGCAACCCAAGGAAAGUUCCGAGCAAUCUAACGGAGCCUGCACAAGAUCAACCACAAAACGAACUUGAGAGGGUCAAACGCAGCUUGAGAAGGGUUUCCUCUUCAGCAGCCACUGAAAAACCUGAGACAAAACCGGAGACAGAAAUCGAGAAACCACAGCCACAGCCACUGCCGAGUGUGGAAGUAGCAACAAAUCUGGAAGAAGUAAUUUCUUCGGAAAACCCUGCUGAUUCGGAUGCUGUACUCGAUAAGGUGGAUAUGCUCGAAGCUCCUCCGAAACAGAUAACUCACGAGGGUGAUGACGUGGCACUCGAUGAUAAUCAUCAUCAAGUUCUUGAGAAGACUCCUUCCUUGGAAAACGGAGCAAAGAUUGAGACUGCUUUAACUUCGGAGGAUGCAUUGAGCUGUAAGGAAGAACAGAGUGGCGGCAAAGAGAAUCACAAGGUUCGAAAGAGGAGAUCACUGCCAGCUAAGCAGGAAUAUACCGAGAAUAUAUCGCAGAAUUCUCCGAGCUUGCCGAGUUACAUGUUGGCAACUGAAUCAGCAAAGGCUAAGCUUAAAGCUCAAGGCUCUUUGAAAUUUGGCGAAGAAGGAGCUGAAUAUGGUAAUAAUAAUGCACGACGGCAUUCUCUACCGGCCUCUACUGCUAAUGGCAAAUUGACAUCAUUGUCACCUAGGAUACAGAAGCCCGUGCAAGGUAAUAACAGCACCAAAGGAGUCAGCAAAAUUAACAAAUCAUUGACUACUUCCAGAGAUGACAAGGGGCUUUACCCUGGGUGGAGGAGAUGAGAGUCGUAGCAGUGUGUUUCUUGCAGAGCCCUAUUUGACAAGACGAAAGUGGACAAUUGCGAGUCGGUUUGUUUGGUAUUAUUCGUAUUGUGUUUCUUUUAGUACCGAGGGAAUCAUCAUUACCUAGGAUUGUAUAGUCGGUUGAGGAAGAAAGAGAGGUCAGUUGUUAUGACUAAUUCGAAAAAUUACUCGUGUGCUUUUUUUUUUUUAAGUUUCGUUCGAUGUUUUUUCUGUUGCUGUCGUAAAACAUUGUAAAACUAACUCUGUCCAUGUUGUCUCCUUUGUGUGUGCCCUGUUAAAAGAGUUCAAAGUA